CUUUUUAUAUAAUUCCCAGGUAUACGAUUGUACCCAGAGCAAUAUCAUUUCACCAUCGAAGUUUCAUUUUAAAAGAAGGCCUCCGCGUAGAAAAUCAUAUUUUCACAUCCGCCCACGCAAGUUACUUUUAUUGUUGAAAGAAAUUUCAAAGGAAGAGAGAAGGAGAGUUUUAAGAGCAAGAGGAAAAUCACAUAGAAAAGCGAGAGAGAAGAAGAGAUUUUAGUGAAAUGGGAGAAAAGGGAUUUUGGGUAAAUCUCGAUUUAUUCAUUGACCGUCAGAAUGAGGCUUUGGACAAUUGGCUGGGCGGAAAGGCAAUUUCCCUCAAUUCACCCCAAGAGCCAGAGGAGCCAAAGAAACGUGAUAGUAAGCCAAUGUUGGAGAAUCAAGAGUCAUCGGAUUUGGGGGAUGCUGGUGGAAUUUCAUCAAUGAAAACCCUCACAUCGGUAUUCCUUGCAACACGGAAGCAGACAGUGCGAAAAAUUUCUGCCAACAUUGAGGUGUCGGUGCGGAGGAAGAGUGUGAGUGGAAAGGCCAAGGAGAAAGCUAAGAGAUUAUACAAAUUGCGGAGAUUUCGUAGAAAGAAAAAAUGCUUCAGAGAAGAGGAAAAUCUUGUGGUUGGACCAAUUGUUGACUGCAGCUUCAAUUUACCCCGAGUGAGUAGUCAAUUGGAAAGGCUGAUGGGUACAAAUGUUGUUCGCCUCACGGACCGCAAAUAUAUGCAAGAACUUCGGAAGAGGAUCAAGGAGGACUACAAUGUUGUUUUACAGAAGCGUAUAGCUCAGAGGGAGACUAAGGAAAUUGAGAGAACACGAAAUUUACUCAUUGAGGGAUAUACUGGAAAUAGCUCCGUGAGUACAGAAGGCCCUCCAGUGGUUAUAAUUAGCAAGCAAACACACAGCGACAUGGCUCGAAGGCGUGCAAAACUAAAAACUGUACGGGAACGGAAUGCUGAGCGUCUUGUGAGGCAAGGGAUAAAGUGGGAAAAGGAACGAUUGGCGCAUCUUGAGCUUGAGCGCCAGCGGCAAAUUGAGGCUCAACAGAAGCGUGAGGAAGAGCUCAUGAUUGGGCAUGAGGAGAGAUUUGCUAAAAAUGGAAAUACAGGCAUUCAAAUUUCAUACAAAAUGAGAAAUAGACGAGAUGUAGGUGAUGAUGAUGAUUUCUCAGAUACCGACAGAUAUGAUCACAAUGAUCUCUCGAGUGGUAUUAAUAGUGAUACAGAUGACAACAAUUCCAAUGACUUUGACGAGGAUGUGGGCAAUGUACCUGAAGGCAUAAAUGAGACAAAUGAAGGGGAAGUAACAAAGAAAACAGAAGCACUCGAGCAUUUACAAUACGAAGAUCCGGCAAUAACUUUACUGAAAGCAACCGAUAAUGUGGAUGACCUUUAUGCUCUCGCAGAUGAGAUAAUAAGUGGAAGCUAUGGGAAGCACAAUGCACAUAAGAGUGGAGAUAACAAUUAGCACAAGCUUUUAAUGGAAAAUUGUGUAUAAAAGCUCCUCUAUUUACAUUAGGAAAGAUGUGUAACCUUAGGGUAUUAUUUAAUUUUGAAAACAUUACACAUUAGAAUGUUUACGGAAAAUUCUUGUGUUGUUGAUUGGAAUUUGUUUUAAAAAAAUAAUGUGUAAUAUACAUAUUAGCAAAAUAAAGUAUACCUAUGUAUAUCUAUUAAA